CAGAUCCAGAUCGUACGGUGACGGAAGAACGUCAGACCGGAGAUACGACGGUCCAGGUUCACUCGGUGGUAAUGGUAUGCAAGAUCUCAGGUCUUACAGCACUUCCUACACCGAUCACCCGACCUGGAUACCCGAAGAUAACCCGAAUCAGAAGAAAGGAAAAUCGUCGUCUUCUUCAUGGGGAUUUGUGGAUCCAGAUAUAAAGAGGAAGAAGAGAGUUGUGAGUUACAGAGCUUACACUGUUGAAGGUAAGCUUAAAGGCUCUUUCAGAAAAAGCUUCAAGUGGGUUAAAGAUAAAUGCAGCAAGUUGCUCAACUAAGCAAAUCUGCUUAAGACAAUCAAACUUUUUGUGGGUUUGAUAUGUUAAGCUCGGCGGUUUCCAUUUAGUUUAUACUACCUUUUUAUCCAUUUUUGUCUGUGUGGGUGUGUUCGGAUCUCUUAAUUUGUGGUUGUGAUUGUGUAGCAAAAGAAAAUAAAAAAUAAUAUAGAUAUGCUAUUAUAGAUGAA